GCUGCCCACAGACUACACCUCACCUCAACCAGCGUACAACCCUGCUUACACCAGCUGCACGUCAAGACCAGUAACUAAACCCAAACCAAUGCAUUCUGGAGGGUUACAUAUUUCUGCUCUGCUGUUGUGAAUUGUGCAGCUACUGUUGACACAGUACUGUUCGCCAUUGUUUACACUUGCUUUAAGCACUUGAAUGUGUUUCUUUGUCUCUAUUCUAACCAAAGAUAUGUCCAUCGUAGUUAUUUUGGAUCCUAGAUUGGUAGAGAUAUUUUGUGAUUGUAAAUGUUACGUUGUGAAUGUGUCUAUCGAAUCAUUUCAUGCCAAACAAAUGAAGCAAGGGUCAAGCUGACUAUCAGAGUUGAAGAAUAAAUUUUGCAUCUAGUUUACAGAAGGGUGUGUGUGUGUGUUUUUAGAGUUGUGUAUUUUUAAAUCAACAUGAUUCACUCGUUACACUGGUGGUUUUUGGUUUUGUUGAGAGUUUAUUGCAUGGAAGAGGAACUACAGCCACUAAUCAGGAAAUACGCCAUAAGCACAUCAACGAGCUAUAGAAGGGUACUUCUGCUCUUUCCUACAGUUAUAUUCACGGUGACAGCAGUCUGUCCAGAAACAAAACCUUAAAAUAUUCAAGUCAUGGAAGGCCCAUCCAUUGUGCCCAUGAUAGUGUUUUUCGCAGUAGCCGUUUGUGUGUUGAUCAUCUUCUACUGCCUGGUGAAAAGAUUAAUGAAACAUGCACAGCAUGUGCAGUCAAGAACUACAGUCACAACUACACAUCACCCACAAUACUCUCAUCACCAGCCUCUGGCUAAUAACCUACAGCCAACUUAUGGGGGGCAUCCCAUUCUGACUGGACCAUGUCAGCAAACUUAUGUCCUGGGACCACCACCCACAUAUCAGGAGGCUGCAGGUCUGUUUCCUGCUCCCGUCAGCCAGGCUGCAUAUGACGGUGGUCAGAUCAUGUAUCCUCUACAAGCACCGGUUCAACCAGCGCUUCCCACAGACUACACCUCACCUCAAGCACCAAACAACCCUGCGUAUUGUUUGCGUGCAUCUGAUGACCGAAAACAGUAAAAAAGUGUCAUUGGUUCUUCAGACGUCCACGAGGGCGUACUGCAGGCACCAAAAGAAGGUACAGAGGUAAAUAAAGAGGAAGAGCUGCGCGAUGGCGUCCACCUUAGCAGUUCUUCUGCUCCUGUCUGCAGCUUUAUUCACGGUACAAGCAGGUGAUGACUGUAAGAGCUACUAUACCAGCAAUAACCAGUACAAGUCUAGGAUUACCUGCGGUUAUUGGCAGCACUGCUGUGGAACCUGCGAUUACAGAUACUGCUGCCUCAGUGAAAAUGUGAAGUUAUCCGAUCAUGAUCUAAACAUCUGCACUCUCAGAAACAAUAAUAUUGCCACUGGCUCAUUAAUAUUGGGGGUUGCGGUCCUUGUCACUGUGUUCAUCACCUGCUGCUGCUGCCCCUCCUGCUGUAUCUAUAAAAUGUGUAGAAAACCCAGACCUGUGGCAGGAGCUCAUGUAACUACAGUCACAAAUGCACAUUUCAUUCAGCAGCAGCCUGUAAUGCAGGGGGGCCAGUGCCCACAAUACCAACCAGUGCUGACUCAACCGGGUUACGGUCAACCAGUGCAGAUGGGACCAUAUCAGGGACAGCCAUAUGCACCAGGACCCCCACCCUCAUAUCACGUGGCCACGAGUCCUGGAUAUCCCACUAGUCUGAGUGCGUAUGACGGAGGCCAGGCCAUGUACCCCAUGCAGCCGCCUGCCCAGCCGGGUGUCGCGUGUAUGCCUUCAGAGACAUCGAAUCAGCCGGCCUACAACCCCGCCUACGUGCAGCCACCAAACUUAGGUUACUAAACCGCAACCGUCUGUCAGAUCAGUCAUGGCUGGAUUGUGGAGGUUGACGCACUUUUGCGAGGCAGUAAGAAUUUACCCAAUUUAAUGUGGAUUAUACAAGAACAGUGUGUGUGUUAGAGUCAGGUUAUUCCUGGUUUUAAUUUUAGUUAUUUUGUUUUAUUACUUUCAAUUUCUUUCAGUUUAGCUUUCACUCUGUGGCAAACUGGAAAAAUGAUUUUAGGAAUUGUUAAUAAAGCAAAGAUUAAUAGUAA